CGCUAAGAAACUGUAUAAAAACAGUGCGUAUAUUGUAUUCACUCACAGUUCUUUGUAAAACAUCGAAGUUGUGCCUUAAAGUUUAUUCAUUCAAUCGGACUUUGUUCUAUUUUUUAUUUUCUAACAUGUCUUAUAUCAUGGAUACACCCGUCAGUGCAGAAGAUCUGGUUUUUGACCAACCCACUAGAAGGGUUUUAUGGAGUCGGGGGAGUCCAAAAACUAUAGAGACUCCAGUUGUAGAAGAACCAGCGACUAUAGCCUGGGAGUCAAAAGCUCGCAAGAGAUUAUUUUCGCCGGGUCCAUCUUUUGGAACCAUGGAAUCGUUCCUGGAUCUAGCUGUGUCAAUAGAAAGGCUUUAUCCAGAAAAAGAGAGAAUUGAGGCAGAGAAUCGCAAGCUAAAACAGAAAGUGACCAAGUUAAAACAAAAACUGAACAAUCGAAUAUGGAGGCUACCAGAUAUUAGUCGUCUACGACCAAGAACUAUUAAAAAGUAGUGUUGUCAAAUUGUACAGUUUUGACUAAGCGGUUACUGGGACAACCUUUCGACCGAUUUACCGGUUAACCGGUAGUUUAGUUCAUGUUCAAAGGGCUUGAGUUUCUCAUGGAAUUACUCUUCAAAUGCAUUGUUUAAUGAU